ACGAGCGGUUGGUGGGUACGGUUGCGCAUUGACGACGAAUUAAUAAACAUGUGUAUUGCGGUGGGUGUUUGUGAAUUUCAUGUAGCGUUUUUUUCCGGCUAGAAUCAAAAACAAAAACAAAAAUAAAAAUAACUACAUACUUAUGAAGACGCGCAACAAGUGCCGCUUGAAUUUGUGUACAAAAAUUGUGCAACUAAAUACAUACUUAUGUAUGUAAAUACAUAUUUCUACAUACAUAAAGGUGUACAUGAGUAUAUUCUGUGUGUAGUUUUGUCACAUAGACUUUAUGGUUGUGCAGUAGUUUUAUUUGCAUCCAAGUUUCACAAUUCCUUUCCCGUGCGCAUUGCAAGUGCAGUUACUGAUGCGAUUAUGAAGCUUUAUUCUUACUACGAGUAUUAUUGUGUUAUUUAAGUACUUUGUUGUUGGUUAAAUGCAUUUCUAUGUAUAUUGCCAUACAUAUUUAUUCGAACUCCUAAUUGGUGUAGGUACAAUGUUGUUUAUUAUUUCUAUGGCAAAUAGUGUGCUACUGCGACUCGUUUGUGGACGCAUGCGUAACGCCUUGGCUUGAGGCGUAAAACAAUUUGGCACAGCCAUAAAGCUUCAACGUUUGCACCAGCAGUUUAACAGCUAAAAUUCCACGUUUGUGUUUCAGUGCGCUAUUGCCAGUUUUGAAGUGAUACCAGUCAGACACUAACUGUUAUGCAGUGCUCUAUGGAAACUGCCCUAGCGCGGACUGAAAAUUAUAUAAUCGAAGUGAGUUUCAGAGUUUCGUGAUAUUUCAGCAAUAUCAAAGAUCAAGCGAGAAAUGAGUCGUUUACGGGUAAUUGUGCAUCCUGUAAAAAAGGAGUUUCGUCGUGAUAAGUGUGGCUUCCAUCACACGCCGGCGGAUGAUUUCGUCAAGUCACAAUGGCAGAGUCGCACCAAAAGUGUUGCAUAUUUAAUUUAUCGGUGGCUUAUUGCGCUAUUCUUCAUCGCCGUCGUCAUAGAUUCAAUGCUCGAAAAGGAGGAGGGUUCAUCAACUAAUUUCUGGCUGUAUUUCAUUUACCUAACCAACUGGGGUGUCAUGUUUUGCAUGCUUACGAAUGUAAUGGGCGCAAUAUUGGUGACCACAUGGCAUUUUCAUCCAGAAUAUGCGGAUAAACUUCUGAAUAUGGAGUCGUUGACUAGUCCAUUUGUUAUUUACUGGGGCAUGCACAUAGUGUCUCUAGUCCUGUCAAUAGUGAUAACCGUUAUUUAUUGGAGUGUGCUAUAUAAUGCGGCUGAGAGUUCCUUGAAUGCAACCAACGUGCUGACACAUGCUUUCAAUUCAAUAUUCAUGUUCAUUGAUUUGCUGAUUGUGGCGCAUCCGCUCCGGCUACUCCACAUGUUUCUACCAGUAACAUUUGGUCUUAUUUUUGCGAUUUUCUCCGUAAUAUAUCAGAAGUGUGGCGGCAAGAACAGGAGAGGGAAGCCGUACAUUUAUCACGUGAUCGAUUGGCGGGAACCGAUAAGCGCUACCCUCGUAGUGAUUGGUGUGCUGCUGUUCACCUGCUUCAUUUACAUGGUGCUCUUUACCAUUUAUAAGCUGCGCACUUUGCUCUACAGGCGUAUUAAUAAUGCAUCCUAUUAUUUACCAACAACAACGCCGAACGCGAGUAGUUUCAGCAUAGAAAAGUCGGCGAAUGGUACUUUACCUAAAACCGUUAAAGGUAACGGCAUUCAACAUUCACCUUCAGGCAUCUCGAUGGUGUUGGGCAACUUCAAUAGGGCAGCUGGCUAUCAAAAUCAGGCGUUUACGUCGAGUAGUGAGAAGCCGGAUAAACUUUAAGCGAUGGGAGAAGGCAAACAGGGAAACUCAGAGCUUAUCUAAAUACAUAAUUAGUUUUUAUACUUAGUUACGAAGCAUUUAAUUUGUUAGUAAUAAUAACAUUUGAACGUGAACCGAGCUAUGAAAUUAACUGAGUCAUUUUUAUAACUAGUGUAUGUAUGUAAAAAUUAUUUUAAAUGAGCUGUCAUAGUAAAUAGUACAUUAAUAUGCGAUGAAUUUUAGCCAAUGUGGUAAUUAGAUAUAAAGUUCUUUUAUUUGCACCAUUACAUUUGGCGUUGCUUAUUUUUUUUAGUUUGGCUGACUCCCAAAACGCACCAAUACAAUGUCCGUAUAUUGUUCUACUGCGGUAUUUAAAAUGUUUGUAUAUGCAGAGUUGCGAAAUUUUGUAUCCAUACACAUUGCAUAUUUUGAAUAUUUAAUAUAGCAAUGAUAAUCCUUUCGGAAUUUUCCAUAUUUAAAACACCAAUGGUAACCAAAUACAAACGAAGCACCAAUUUAGUUUCUGAUGCACUGCGUUUCGUUAACUCUUCGGAUACGUUAUGAAACAUUAACCUUUAUAUGGAUGCAAAGCAAUUGACGUUUUGGAAAUCAGCCGUUUAUUUUAACUUCUGUAAGGAAACGGUCGUACGAAAAUAAUAAACCUCAUAUGAAAAUAA